GAAGACUUAUUCUGACUGAGAGUAAAGACCUUUACCAGAGAAUUGUGUAGUCAUUUUGAACUCUGUAAAACUUCCUUUUAUCUGCUGGAUAUUAUACUCUGCACUUGAAGGGGUCCGAACCCUAGGAUGUCCUCCUAUACAUGUCAAGAGGAAGGCACGCUCAAAGCUCAUGAUUGCGUCUUAAUUUACAAAUCAGGGACAGAGGGAGAUGAAAACCACACUCCAGACAGUAACUUAAUCGGACUCACCACCAAGAUGUUAAAAGUGAAGAGGCUGGAAGAAAUCAACACAUGUUAUAACAGUAACAAACGGGAGGAAAUGGCCUUCUUCCAGUGCAUGGAAAAGGUUGAGAAAGUGAAAUGUUUUCUGGAAGAAAGUUCCAGUGAACAGGAAUCAAGAUCUGGAAAGAAUGAGGGAAAACACCUUCAUUUUCCAUGUGGUGCAAAUACGUACCUCUUUCAGAAAUGGAAAGAGAACAAGAAUUUCUGCAAAGGUGAACCAGAGAAGAACAACGUAUUUGUUUGUGAUUUUGAUCCUCACCUAUGGACUGGACACUUGAAGCAGGACCAGCUCAUUCUUGAAAGUCAGCAGAAAGCUUGGACUCAGAUGCCCUUUAGGGAUAUACUUCUUUCCUCCUCAGCAGAUAAAAUCUCCUGUGCUCCGGCCUUUAAUGUAGCCAGGAAACCUUAACAUGGCACUUUUCUCUGUCCACAAUUGUCUGGUUAGCCUAUUUUCUCUCUAGAAAGUUCCCAAACAGCAUUACAUAUAUUAGUGUCUAUGACUUAAAAAAAUUAUGGUAAAACAUAACAUAAAAUAUACCAUCUUAACCAUCUUUAAGUGCACAGCUCUGUGGUUUCUCAGGACAUUUACACCUCCAUGCAACCAUCCCCUCCAUCCAUCUCCAGAACUUUUUCAUCUUGCAAAACUGAAGCU